AUGUAUGGACUCCUAAUGCAGUCAGUUGUAACCUACCUGCAGGACACGUACGGCGAAAAGAUGUGGGAGGAGAUUCGUCGCCAAGCCGGUAUAGAGCAUCAUAGCUUCAGUCUUCAUGAGCGAUACAAAGAAGACAUAAUCGCCCGAAUAACUAAGGCGGCCAGCAAGUGCACAGGCAUCGAACCGGAUACAAUUAUGGACUCCUUCGGCGUCUGCUUUGUUAAGUACGUGAGCCAAUAUAAUUACGAUCGUGUGUUACGGGUUCUCGGUCGCAACUUACGGGACUUUCUCAAUGGUUUGGACAAUCUUCACGAGUAUCUGCGCUUUUCCUACAAGGACAUCGUUCCCCCUUCAUUCUUUUGCGAGAAUGAACACGAGAUGGGCUUGGAUCUCCAUUACCGUAGUUCACGGAAGGGCUAUGUUCACUAUGUCAUAGGGCAAAUCCGCGCUGUCGGAAAGACAUUUUAUAAUACGGACAUCGACAUUCGGAUACACAGCCACGUUGAGACAGAAGACUCGUCGCAUGUCAUUUUCAAUCUCACCUUCCACAAUGAAGGAUUCAAAUCGUCUAUUCAUAAAGAAGUCGUUGAAACGGACCAGUUUAAGAUUCCUGCUUAUUUUUUUCGAAGUCUUUUUCCAUUUCACAUUCAGUUUCAAAAGAACAUGAAUAUUGUAAGCGCCGGUUCGGGCCUGCAGGCAAUCAUGCCCGACGUCAUAGGCAAAGAUCUGCUUCAAGUUCCAAAUUUUAUUCCAACUCUAUCUAUCUAUCUAUCUAUCUAUCUAUCUAUCUAUCUAUUUGAUUCUGUUAAUUUUCUAUCUAUCUAUCUAUCUAUCUAUCUAUCUAUCUAUCUAUUUAAUUCUGUUCAUUAUCUAUCUAUCUAUCUAUCUAUCUAUCUAUCUAAUUCUGUUCAUUUUCUAUCUAUAUAUCUAUCUAUCUAUCUAUUUAAUUCUGUUCAUUUUCUAUCAACUAUCUAUCUAUUUAAUUCUGUUCAUUUUCUUACUAUCUAUCUAUCUAUCUAUCUAUCUAUCUAUCUAUCUAUCUAUUUAAUUCUGUUCAUUUUCUAUCUAUCUAUCUAUCUAUCUAUCUAA